AUGGAUGCAUUAAUAUUGAAUGCUGGACAUUCGCAACUGGAAGAACAACUAAAAAUCGCAGCAGCUUGCGGUGUCGCAGAACGACAGCAUAGAUCCAAAUCCAACGAUAUUACCGCGGUGAUUGCAACGGAAGAUAGCGAUGCGAUGACAGCAAUGGAAGACAACAGUGAAGGUUUGUGA